AAAGCGUACAAAAUAGAAAGAUUGAAAUUUGAAACCCUCACUGACCCUUUCUCUGAAACUCCAACUGCAAGGACUGUGAAGCAUCAUUGGUCUUUCUUCCUUAUACUAAGGAAAAGAAAGAAGUAAAAGGAAGAAGUGGAAGAAGAAAGAAGAAUCCAACCCAACCUAACCUUCUUCGCGAAGGAACACCUCGCGCAGCACCAACCACCAGGUAUAAGAAUACGACCUGAAACUGCAAACUAACCCUGUUUGCCAGGUCAUCUCAAUAGCUUAAAAAAGAAAGGAAAUAAACGCCCACCAAACUCCUCCUUGACGCCUGCCAAGACCCUCUCAGACCAAAAGGAGCGUCUCUGCUUGUUUCAGACCCUCAGUCGCAGAAGCAAUGGAUUCUACUCAAAACAUUUUGCUUGCUUCUUCUGGUGGCCUUCAAGUGGGAAGUAAAGGAGUGAGGAGGAGUUCAACCCUAAUUUGUGCUCCAAUAAUGGCAGAAUCAGUUGAUAAGAUGUUGAUUGAUAUGGACAAGGCAAAAACCCUUGGUGCUGACCUUUUGGAGAUUAGAUUGGAUCAUUUAAAGGCCUUCAAUGACAAUGUUGAUCUCAAGACCCUUAUUAAAGAAUCCCCUUUGCCCACUCUUUUCACAUAUAGACCAAAAUGGGAAGGUGGUCAGUAUGAUGGUGAUGAAAAAGAUCGACUUGAUGCACUUCGGUUAGCGAUGGAGCUUGGAGCUGAUUACAUUGAUGUCGAGCUUCAGGUUGCUCAUGAAUUCAUCGAUUCCAUAUAUGGAAAGAAGCCUGAAAAGUUUAAAGUUAUUGUCUCUUCUCACAACUAUCAACAUACUCCAUCUGUUGAGGCUCUUGGAAAUCUUGUUGCAAGAAUACAAGCCACUGGAGCUGACAUAGUGAAGAUUGCAACCACUGCCAUGGAUAUCACUGAUGUAGCACGCAUUUUUCAUAUAACUGUGCAUUCUCAAGUCCCAACGAUAGGACUUGUAAUGGGUGAGAGGGGUUUGAUUUCAAGGAUACUUUGCGCAAAAUUUGGUGGUUAUCUUACUUUUGGUACGCUGGACUCGGGAAUAGUUUCAGCUCCUGGUCAACCUACUAUGAAGGAUGUAUUACAUCUAUACAAUUUUGCACAGAUAGGGCCUGACACAAAAGUGUUUGGCAUUAUUGGAAAGCCUGUCAGCCACAGCAAAUCACCUUUUCUGUACAAUGAAGGAUUCAAGUCAGUAGGUUUCAAUGGAGUUUAUGUACAUUUGUUGGUAGAUGACAUUGCAAAGUUUCUCCAGACUUACUCUUCAAUGGAUUUUGCUGGAUUCAGCAUUACAAUUCCCCACAAGGAAGCUGCACUUAAGUGCUGUGAUGAAGUUGAUCCAGUUGCAAAGUCAAUAGGAGCUAUUAAUUGCAUUAUAAGGAGACCAACUGAUGGGAAGUUAUUUGGGUUCAAUACGGACUAUGUUGGGGCUAUUUCUGCUAUUGAGGAUGGACUGACAGGUUCACAUAAAAGUGGCGGUAUAACUGGUUCACCUUUAGCUGGUAGGCUGUUUGUUGUUAUUGGUGCUGGAGGUGCUGGCAAGGCGCUUGCUUAUGGUGCAAAACAGAAGGGAGCAAGGAUUGCAAUUGCUAACCGCACUUAUGAUCGAGCCAGAGAACUUGCAGACACAAUUGGAGGAGAUGCUUUGUCUCUUGCUGAUUUAGAUAAUUUCCACCCAGAGGAGGGCAUGAUUCUUGCUAACACAACAUCUAUUGGAAUGCAACCAAAGGUUGAUGAGACACCCAUUUCUAAGCACGCUCUGAGAUCUUACUCGUUGGUUUUUGAUGCUGUUUACACCCCCAAAAUGACCAGACUCUUGAAGGAUGCUGAAGCAUCAGGGGCCAUAGUUGUUAGUGGGUUGGAAAUGUUCAUUGGACAGGCAUAUGAACAGUUUGAGAGGUUCACUGGGUUGCCUGCCCCAAAGGGACUCUUUCGGAAAGUAAUGGACAAUAGCUCUUGAGUGUUCGUGCCCAGGGAUUAUAGUUUUAUGCAACUCUCCAUUGCUUUAUGCCUGUCACCGGAGUCUUCUAACUCUUUGUUAUACUCUACGCCUCUAUCAGGCAUAACGCUCUGUCAUUUCUUUUCUGGAGCUUUCAGUCUGAAAGAAUAAACACUUCGUGCAUGCCAAACAGCCAAACACCCUUGCUGCUGGUAAUGUCUUGUGUAACAAGCCAGACGGGCUUGUUUCGUUGUCCUAAAGGAGCCAUGCUGCGCUCAGUGAAAUAAUCUGGACUGGGUUGGGAAUAUUCUAAUGCAAUUAGUCAAGCAAACACAAAAUAUGGAGCAUUUUACCUUGAAAAGCUCAGGUUGUAAUAUAAUUAUGUGCAUGAAUUUAUGGGAAACACACAAAUAAUGACAACUACAUUAGAACUAAAAAAAAAAAAAAAAGAAACAAAACAUUA